AUGGGUAACCGUUUACCUUCUGUGAUUCAACAUGCCAAGCAAGUUCUCAAACUGCGGUCCAAGAGCCAAAGAGAUGUUCCAAAAGGCCAUAUUGCAGUGUAUGCGGGAGAAAUCGAGAAGACAAGAUUUGUGGUUCCCAUUUCAUACUUGAACCACCCUUCUUUUCUAGAUUUGCUCGACCUCGCCGAGGAGGAGUUCGGGUUUAAUCAUCCCAUGGGCGGUCUCACGAUUCCGUGCGACGCCGAUGCCUUUAUUCAUCUCACUUCUCGGUUGCAUGCUUGCUGA